GAUGACGACGACGAAAAUGACGAUGACGAUAACGGAAAUGACAAUGAUUAUGACAACAACGAAGACGAUGUAAUUGACUACGACGAUGACGAUGACGAUGAAUAUUACGUUUCUUCGGGAUCGAGAUCGGUGACAGCCAAGGCAAACAACUCAACGAAAAUUCAUUUAACAACUCCGAGAGUGAUCGAGGUACUAGAACGUACAGGAAUUUCGAACCGGAAUGCGGCAAUGAUUUUUCAAGCGUUGAUUCUGGACAAGCAUACGAAGAAUGAUGAUGUGGAGGAUUACGCGCUGGAUCAUAAUACGAUUAGGAGAGCCAGGAUGACAUACAGACGGGAAUUUGCUGCACAGGUAGUCAAUUUUAAAUUCUCUAUUCUCAAAUCGAUAGACGAAAUUAAUUUGAUUUUCUCUAUUUAAUCAUCUUUAAAACCAGAUCAAACGCGAGUUUAAGCCGGAUGUCCCAUUAACCGUACAUUGGGACGGGAAAAUAAUCCCAAACAAUGUUACUGGGAUAAAAGAAGACAGACUGCCGAUACUGGUAACCGGCGAAGGCAUCACAAAACUCCUGACAGUCCCUGCUUUGCCAAAUGGCAAAGCAGUAGUGGAGACAGGAGCUGUCGCUGGCGCUAUCAAAUCAUGGGAUCUUGAGGACAAAGUUGUGGCAAUGAGUUUUGACACCACCAAUACCAAUUCUGGGUGCAAAGGUGGUGUCAUUACUCUUUUGCCAAAAAUGCUGAACAAGGAGCUCCUCCCUCUAGCUUGUCGGCACCACGUCGCUGAACUCACCCUGAAGCACUGCUACGAGCUAAAGGGUGAUGUUUCCCAGUCCGACAAGCUAGACAAUUUCAAGAUCUUUCGAGAAAAGUUCAAUUCGAAGCUUGAGUCGUGUGAAGAAAUCAUCUACAGGAAUGUGCUGCACGUACCCGAUCUUGCCAAAUUAACACAGCCGUGGCGCCAGAGCAUGCUGGACUUUUGCUUGAACUGCUUGAAUGCGAAACAACCACGCGGAGACUAUGUGGAACUGCUGGAACUAGUAAUUCUAUUUCUGGGUGGUGAUACAAAGAUCGGCAUCAAAUUUCGACGGGCUGGCAGUAUUAGCAGGGCACGCUGGAUGGCACGUGCAAUUUAUGUACUCAAAAUUUGGAUGGUGAAUAUUGACAUCAAAAACAUUGACCAAAAGCUGAUGGACCACUUUGAGAAAUUAGCGUUGUUCAUCACGAAGUGCUACGUGAAAUAUUGGUACAGCCUAAAUGAUGCGAUCAAAGCACCGCGGGUUGACUUGGAAUUUUGGAGAACCAUUUCUUCAUUCGAUUUUCCAGAAUACGCCGAAACUGCAGCCCGAUCGUUUGAAAAACAUCUAUGGUAUUUAUCACCAAGGUUGAUCGCUUUAGCCAUGUUUGACGACCUCGUUACGCACGAAGAAAAACGAGAGCUAAAACAAGCUUAUUUGAAAGCUGUUGAUUCUGACUGUGCCUUGAACAGGAAAAAAAUGAAGGUGGACGUGCCGACUCGUGCAACCAAAAUUUCUUUGACCGAUUCACUGGCAUCAUUCGUCACUGCUGAUACGAAGGAUUUUUUCAAAAUAAUGACUAUUUCGACAGACUUUAUGUUGAAAAACGUACAAGACUGGGAAGGCGACGAAGGAUACAUUGUUGGGAAAAAACGGGCUGCAUCCCUCCAAGUUACAAAUGAUGUUGCAGAGAGAGGGGUAAAACUUAUUUCGGACUUUAAUCAAAAAGCAACACGGGACCCUGCUCAGCAAGAGUAUAUGCUACAGGUGAUAGAAAGUCACAGGCAAAGAUACCCUAAAAAAUGGUGAGCCGCAACAAGUCCGAUCUCGCCAGCCCGUCAUCCCGACCGAUCUCGCCUGC